CACACCGAAUUUCAACAGUACGUGUCCCAUUGUAGUCAAGUCUAUUGUACUUUCUACUAGGGACUUUUGUCACGCUGUGGAACUAUUUUGACUGCUAUUGAUCCGGCGGUGUUUCAAGUGCUAUGACGAUGAAUGCGCAGUAAGUGAACAAGACGUUUGAGCCCCAGCAGUGAGACGAUAUUCUACAGAGAGAAGAAGUAGGAUUCCAAUUCAUCUGGUUUUGAGCUGGGGUUCUAUGAAAACCGGGAGAAUUUUGGUUGACCUUAGAAAUAAACAGCACGAACAUCACGGAAAAUUAGUCAAACAUGAUGACGAUGAACAAAUGGACAUAUGCUGUUCCUGCUGUUAUCAUUAUAGUUUUUUGUAUUUCAAUGAUUAUUUAUCAUCCAGUUUGUGAGGUGAAAGUGGAUCAGUUAUCAAACCUCUGGAGUAAUUCUAAAAAAGAAGUGCCGCACAAAAACUUCAUGACUACAGAAUUUAUCAAACGUCUUGGAACCGGAAACAUAGACCCUGUCAAUGAAGACCUUUUAGAGUACUUGAGAGGGAAAUGGGUUCUCCCUCCUUCCAGUCUAUCCUAUAAUCUUACCAACCCAAAGGCAACUUACUGGAAUCAAUUAGGACAAUCAAAAGUGGUCGAUAAUAUUCUGAAGCAACGGCGCAAAGGGUUCUUUGUGGAAUGUGGAGCAUUAAAUGGCGAGGCUCAUUCCAAUUCCCUCUUCUUUGAGAAAUUGCGAGACUGGGAAGGAUUACUUGUUGAGCCUAACCCGUGGGCCUUUGAAGCUCUUUUGAGCAAAAACAGGAAAAGUUACACUAUUAAUACAUGCUUAUCAACUGGCAGCAGUCCUGUAAUGGUCGAUUUUCAGUUCGCAUGGGGGAUUGGAGGAAUACAAGAAUACAGCCAUACAAUUCCUAAGGCGGAACGAGGCAUAAUACAAGGGAAAAGUCGCAUACAAUGUUUCCCCAUUCGCUCUAUCCUAGCCGCCAUUGGCAGGACGCACGUGGACUACUUUACCUUGGAUGUGGAGGGUGCCGAAAUAGAAAUUCCUCAAAGGGUUUCCAUGGGACCACGUCACCGUGGAUGUGUGGACAAUAGAAUAUGCAGUUCACGGCGGAGGUCCUGGCACACCAAUACGUCUGAAAGAAAUCAGAGAGAUUUUCAAAAAGACAGAACUGUACAGGGAAGGAACCAUUAUAGGGGGGCAAGAUGUAGUUUUUGUCAGAAAAGACGUACCACAGUGAAGAAGCAAACAUGAAUAUUUUACAAAUGGAGCUGUCCUUAAAGGGAUAAUGACUGUUCAUUUUGGACAAAAAAUGAAUUUUCCCGGAGUAAACAACAAUUUCCCUAUUCUUACCCAUGGUUAACGAAUCUAUUUUUACAUUCAAAGUUAGUCCCUGGUUUUUUUCUAAAAAGUUUGGUUUUAUGUUAUAAUCUCUUAAGAGAUUAUUACAGAGUAUAGCCAUGUAUGGAGGUUACGUAGCCUGAUGACAAGCUCAGAUAUCAGAAUAAUAGCUAUAACUGCUGUUUUUGUGGUAAAACAGAAUAUAUUAUAUUUCUA